AAUAGUUUAAGCGUUGCGGUAAACUUCGCAAUCAAAAUGAUAUGUUGCUGCCGGAUGAAACUUACGACGGCCACGGAAUACAUGCGACUGUAGCAACAGUCACUCAGCAGCCACCGCCUAACAAGGCUUCAACAAUAAAAAGCCACACAGACAUAAUAAAAAGUAAAAGUUCCAAAAAUAAAACCAAAUCGCUGAGUACCUCGCGCAAACGCAAUGACACUCACAAUGGCCACGAUGAAGCAGUCAGCUUCAAGGGUAGUAGUAGUUGUGGCAGCAACGAAAGCAAACACAGCGGCAAUGGCGACGUCUCAUUUCCGUAUUCCACUACCAAUUUCUUUACAAAUAUCCUGGACGCUUUGGGUGAUGAUAUAUUGCCACAAUGCGAAGUAUUCACACACCAACACCAACCCCAGUCAAGGGCAAGCGACGCCGAAGCGGCUCAAUGUCACAGCCUCAGCGUUAGCAUCAGCAGCAGCGAUAGCCACAGCGCCAAUGGUAGCGAUAGUGGCGUACGCGUGCGUUUGACGGCCAAUCCGGAUGUGAUGCGCGUUGUUUGCGAUAAUUUCCUGCGUCGGCAUCGCAUACGUCCGGAUUUCUUUUGUCAAUACCAGCAAGCGAUUAGCGCUGCUGCAUUAUUGCAACAAUCCAAACCAAAGAAUGCGAAUACAGCGACUGUUGCAUGCCAGCCAACCGUCACUGUUGACACUCAUACUAAAGCCACUGUAACGACUGCGACGAAGGCCGUUGAAGUGACAAAAACGCCCGAUGACGCGGAGUUGGUUUUGAAAAAGCAAAAGAAGCAGCAGCAACAGCAACAGCAACAGCAACAGCGUGCAAAUGCAGAAUUGCUAAACCUUUAUACAUUGCCGCUGGUAAAGCACAAGAAAGCAUGCAAUGCGACAACAACUUUAGCGGCUACAACAACAUUGCUGCCUACUGCAGCUGCCACAG